AGGUAGCAGGUCCAUCGCGCAAAUAUACUGAAAUCUGUGAUAUUAAAAGAUCGAUAAUUGUAAUUAAUCAAUUAUAAUUAAUGCGAAUCAACUGUACUCUUAUCUGCACAAACGUGUAACAUACAAAAUACAUAAAAAGAGGGAUUCGAUAUGGGAUUUCUAAAAUUGUUAUUAAAUAUUGGUCUAAUAUUAGCUAUAAGAAUGAUUCUUUGCAUCGGUAUAAAAAAUUUAGAAAUUAUGAAUCGAUUACCGAAGAACACAAUACCAAUUCAAUAUAACAUCCAUCUAACAACGUAUCUCAAAGAAGGCAACUAUACUUUUUAUGGUGAAUCCAAUGUCAAUAUCAAAAUUCGUUAUGCAUCAUCAAUAAUAAGCUUACAUACAAGAGAAUUGGAAAUAAUUGAAAUGGCGACAACAUUGAUCAAUGAUAACGGCACGAUUUAUAAACCGAUGAAACAUACUCAUAACAAUGCAACCGACAUUUUGACACUGAAUUUCAAUGAGAUACUCUCGCCCGGCCUGUACAUCCUGAAUAUGACAUUUGUCGGUUAUUUUUCAGAGCCUUCCGAAAAACUGGGUUUUAUGAAAUUUUCGUACAUAGCCAGUGAAAGACAAAAAUUAGAGUUCGCUGUAACACAUUUCUUGCCGAAUGGGGCCAGACGAAUGUUUCCAUGUUGGGAUGAACCAGCAUUAAAAGCCACCUUCAACAUCUCCGUAAUGCAUCAUACACAAUAUAGGAUACUAUCAAACAUGCCAGUAAAAGAAAUAUAUGAUGAUCAAGAUAAUAUGAGAACGACAUAUUUCGAGACUACUCCUAUAAUGCCCACUUAUACUGUAACGAUUGUGAUGUUACAAUUCAUCAGCUUUUCGUCAAUAGUACAUGAAACCAUCCAUACAUUUUGGUAUCAUAGAUCGUCAUUAGUGCCUACAUACCUUGGAUUCGCAUAUAAUGUUUCUGAAAAGAUCACGGAUAUUUUGAUUGAAUAUACCAAUUGUUCCCUGAAGAUAUCCAAAAUAGAUCACGUCGUGAUACCGGAGUUUACAAUUGACAGCACAGGAAAUUGGGGACUCAUCACUUAUGAUUAUUCAAAUCUUAUCUACAAUAAAGAGAUGGAUCCAACAUAUGAGAAAAUUUUCAUAACAAUGUUUAUAACACAUAAACUUGCACUUCAAUGGUUUGGCAACUUAGUCACUCCAUCUUUGUGGCCUUACCUAUGGUUAAAUGAAGGAAUUGCUUCGUUUAUUCAAAACCUCGUAGUCGAAAAGAUUUUCAAAUUGCCAGUAAUGUAUUUAUUGGACAUUGAGAACAUACAACGAUGCUUACUUCAAGAUAUAGGUUCAUUGAAUUCUGUCACAUUGAAGUCUUCAUUUGAUGAUAUUCUAGAUGAACUUCCGUCGCGUUAUUUUACUGAAAUUUAUAACAAAUCGCCAAUUUUAUUACGCAUGUUAUAUAAUACAAUUACCGCUGAGGUAUUUCGAAAGGGUCUUAUUACAUAUUUGGUCAAACAUCAGUUUAGUACGGCCACUCCGAACGAUUUGUGGAGCUCCAUGCAAAAUGCUCUAGACGAAUCUGAUAUCCCCCAUGAAAACUACACAAUAAAAGAAGUGAUGGAUACUUGGAUGAAUCAAAGGCGUUAUCCUCUUGUAUAUGUGGAGCGAAAUUACGAAACUGGCGAAGUAACAAUAUCACAAACGUGUGUCCAACAAUAUGGUGAGAAUAAAACUACUAAAUGGUGGAUCCCUAUAACUUUCGCUACACAAUCUAAUCCGGAUUUCUCCAAUACUGUACCUCGUUAUUGGUUACGACCAGAUCAACAUAACAUAAGCUUUAUAAUUAAUUCAGAUGAUUGGAUUAUUGUUAAUUUGCAACUUAGUGGAUACUAUUCUGUUUUUUACGAUGUCACAAAUUGGAAAAAAAUUAUACACUACUUAAAGAGUAGAGAAUAUAGGAAUAUACACGUUCUUAAUCGCGCUCAAAUCAUUAUUGAUUCGUUUGCCAUGGUAACGAAUAAUCAAAUAAAUGGAUACUUAUUCGUGCAAUUGAUAAGCAAUCUCGCUGUAGACAAAAAUUACGUAGCUUGGCAGCCAUUCUUCAAUAUAAUAGAAAGUCUGCAAACGAGUCUUUCAUUUCCAGAGAUCAGAAAUAUCAAGAUACGCUUCGACCAACUCUUUAGUAGACUUUUUGAGUACGUAGGAUAUGAAGAAGGUCUUAAUGAUGACCAUAUUACAAAAUUGACAAGGAGUAAAGCCUUACAAUGGGCAUGUCUUUCUGGUCAUGAGGAAUGUAAGAAAAUGACCGCACUUAAAUUAAGUGAAUAUCUCGCUAACAAUGAAAUUCACAAAAUUCCAUCAUUUAUGUUUUGUACUGGUAUGAUGGCAGCCAAUAGGACUACUUGGGAUAAAAUGUUGAAAUUAUAUCUAAAAAAAGAAUUAAAAGGAGAAAAUUAUGAUAAAACCUUAUUGUGGGGUUUGAGUUGCGCUGAAGAUCCUGAUAUUAUCAUAAAUUAUUUAAAUACGGCAAAAAAUGCUUUAUUAUUUUCCAAGCAUGAGUAUUCAUUAAUUUUAGUGUACAUUCUUAAGAGACAUGUGAGCAAUGAUACGAUUCUCGACUACAUAUUAAAAAAUUUCAUGGUUAUAAAACCCAUAUUAUUUACUACGUCUUCAAUAAUAAACCUUAUUCUUGAAAACAUUUACAGUAUCGAACAAGUUGAUAAGGUUGGAACAUUCUCAACUAAUUUCAAUCUAACUUCAGAUACUUCAAAUACUUCUAAU